UCCGCGCCCGAGGCAGUGGCCACAGCUGCACCGCCAACAUUCUGCACCUGCAUCUUUGCGGCGCAGAACGAACCCAGUGUUGCAAUGAGUGGCAGAAGCUUUUCGAAGAUUAUUUCCGCGGCUCCUGUCAGGCCCUGCCAAUCCUUCGCUGACGAACAUCCAAUGCACCCGCAACACACUUGCGCGCAUACAGUUUAGUGACCCGAUCCUGGGAAGGCCCGCCACGAGGCCACCGCCCCACAUUAAUGAUCUCGCAACGUCGCGGUUCGCGUAGGUUCCUGACUCCUGAGGCUUGAAUUGCAAAUCCAUUCUCCAACAGAAAGAGCAAGGGAUUGCCUGAAUCGAUAUAGACACGGGGUCAAGAGUAGAAAGGAAAGAUGACGACUACUCCACCACCACCGAGUCAGACUGCUCUCGACAUCCUCAGCGAAAUCAAUGGCCUGGGAGAUGGACUGAGGAACGGAGAGCAAGGCGCGAGAGAGGGGUUGAUGUCUGCGGCCUCACGACUGAUAGCUGAACUCCAGCACCCUACCGAGAAUGCGCUGCAACUCCUCUGGGCGCAACCCACCCACCUGGCCGUGAUACGCAUGGCUGUAGAGAUCAAACUAUUCCAAGCCAUGUCCUCCACGCCUCCAACCGGCGAGAGCAGCGCUUCUAUCGCAGCGCGAUGUGUUCCAGAAGGGAAGGCUGAUACUGUUCUCGUAGCCCGCAUGCUCCGCCACCUUGCCGCAAUGUCCACGAUCCUCGAAACCGGCCCGGACACCUUCGCUCCCACGUCGAAAUCUCUCGCCUACGCAGCGCCAAACUAUCAGGAUACUAUCCUCUACAUCGUGGAUAACUUCCAGCCGGCGCUUGACGCGGGGCCAAGUUUCUUCCGUGCCAAUGGGUUUCAGGCGCCGACGAGCAGCAUCGAUGCGCCAUUUCAGCAUGCGUUCAAGAAGGGAGUGCACUAUUUUGAGUACUUUGACAAGUUCGACCAGGAAAUGGGGCGAAGAUUUGCCAGCAUGAUGGAUGUGUGGAGUAUGGGGCGGCAGAGGUGGUUUGACGCGGAUUAUUAUCCUGUCGGGGAGCGGUUGAUUGCAGGUGCUGAGGCGAAGACGGAGAAUGGGGAGGAGGAGGGGGUGUUUCUGGUGGAUGUUGGGGGUGGGACUGGGCAUGAUGUCAAGGGCUUGAGGGCAGCGUUCGGAGACAAGAUUCCAGGGAGAUUGGUACUGCAAGACCGCCCCGAGAUCAUCUCACACGCACAAGUCUCCUCCGUUGAUGAGAAAAUGGCACACGACUUCCUCACCCCCCAACCCAUCAAAGGGGCACGAGCAUACUUCCUGCACUCUAUCGUCCAAGACUGGUCCGACUCCAUCAACACGCAAAUCCUUUCCUCCAUCGUCCCCGCCAUGAAACCCGGCUACUCAAAAAUCCUGAUCAACGACUUCGUCGUGCCCAAUCAGGGCGCGCACUGGAGUCAGACGGCGCUGGACUGGGAGCUCAUGGCGAGUCUGGGGGCACGACAUCGCACUGUGGCCGAGCAUGCGGCGUUGUACGAGGGCGCUGGGUUGAAAAUCAUGGGGAUUUGGAGACACCCGCAUAGUUUAGAUUCGUUGAUUGAGCUAGAGCUUGCAUAGUCUUCACUACAGGGCACAGCAACAUGAGUAGUACAAGAAUCGCGCCAUUUCAACAUGGCAGAUGCAGUGCAAUCGCUGACACACGAUGGUGGCAAGGUAUCAAGAGGACAACGAAGUAACGCCUGACGGCCACCAAGCACACGCGAGUUUGGUUUUCAUUCUUACAUGUACAUAGCGUAGACGACAUGCACAGUUGCGUCGCACAGCAUACAAGCGAGCCAAAAUUUUCCGACGGUGGAUCUAGACGAGUCU